UGAAACUAAGUGGCCUAUUGCUCCUGUUGCUGACAUCUGAUGUAGUCGUGAGCAUACCGCAGAUGCAUCAUGUCAAGCGAUCGCUAGACAAUACAAAGCACAUCACACAAACUAUCAUCAAACAUGACACGGAGAAGAUGGUGCCAAUACCUCUCCACGCAGUCGUCAUCGAACCUUCAAGAAAACCGAAGUCAUCGUCUUUAUCCAUUUCCAUACCGCAUCAGUUAUUAGUGAAUAACUUACACGUCAUACCGAUCUCGAACGUUCAUCAGGUCCAUGGGAACGCGCACCACGAUGUGCCCACUGUCAUCUCUCACACGGUAUCCCAUGGAUCCACAAAUGUCACGCACCAGCAGUUGGUGCCUGUGUUGAUACCCAUUCACAAUCAUCUAGUACCGGUCCACGAUUUGACGGUCAUACCGCUGCAUAGUGUUGUACACAAGAAUACCAACAUCGGUUUCAAAAUAACCGACAAUCACGUGCCAGAUGAAUCCAUAAACAGUUACCGGAAUCCUCUCGGUGGGUACGGUGCGGGGUGGUACUUCGGCGGACACGGCGCUGGACAUGGAUUCCAUUAUUCUUAUGGAUAG